GACAACACACACAAAUUUGCGCCUUUUGGAAUGAUAGCAAUGCACUUCUGAUGUACUUGAGCAUCCUUAGGAGCUUUAGUAGUCUUAGAUAGACUUGACACUUCACAACGUUCAAAGCCUUGCCCCUCACAUCUGGGCUAAGUGUUAGACAUAGCCUGGUGCCUAGGAAAUGUUCGAUCUGUUUAAGUCUCAUGAACCAGAAACUCCGAAGAUACCUGCAUCGAUCGUUGCAAUUCUAGCUUUCGGCUUUGUUAUUUCAGCUUACAUCCUACGCAUCAAGCCAUUCAGCAGAAGUGCCAAUGGCGCUUGGGAUUUUUCUUCUCUUGUAGUCAUAAAGACACGCUGGGGUGCAGGAUCUCCAAUAUGGCUAUUCCUAUACCGCCUGGCAUUGCUGAUUUGGUGCUUCGGACUGGGAGUAUCCCACACGGUCUCUGUGGGCCCCUACAUUUUUGCUUACUUCACCAUGUGGACAUGGUGGCUUCUGACCAGUUACUUCUUGAUAGCAACAAUUGCGAGCUAUCGGAGUUUGAGACAGCCGAAAACUGCCAAGCAGACUGUGGAUCGGCUGGAGUUUGCAGUCAUUGCGGUGCUGCAUGUGGCAGUGGCGGGGGUUUUGAUGGUUGACACGCUGACCUGGCUGGUCCUGGUGCCCAUGCUGCGCAGCAACCCAGAUGCUGCCAAGGUCCGCUGGGCCGAAAAGAUGUUCUUCAACUUCUACUCCUACAACACGCAUGGAGCCAACAUGGCGUUCAUCCUGGGGGAGUUGUUCCUCAACUCCAUCCCCUUUGUACCCUACCUCAUGGGCUACCUCGGCAUCUAUGUGGCCACCUUUGGCCUCUGGUCGUUCACCUACUUCCGGCUGAUGGGCCUCUGGCUAUACCCGUUCCUGGACGCGAAUCAGCCGUGGGCGGUUUUGGCGUACGGUGGAAUCUUUGCGGGCUGCUUUGCAUUUGUGGGACUGGUGUCGGGGCUGUUCUGGCUGCGGGAUUGGCUUGCGCUCGGGACAAAGCGGACAAUCAGAGCCACGCAGCAUCUUGUUGAAGAGAAGACGAGCUGAGGGAUGAGAUGCAAUGAGUUUUGAGCCAUACUGUGCUGGAAGGCAGCAUUGCUUCCUAAGGGUGCGCAUGAUAAUGAAGAUUUGAGGGCCUUGCAUGUCCUGAACAGUUUUGUUCUGGCAUGAAAGAGUGCCUUUGAAUAAAAAGAAGAACUAUAAUUCUAUGCAACACACACACCUCAGGGUCAUGUUGUGGACGGUGUGCUUGACCAGGACGGCACUUGACAACUUCUGUAACCAUAAACCACUUCUUC